AGAAACAGCAUGGGUGACGCGCGGGAAUUAGGUCUCCUCAGUUCACCCUGAUUUUCUCCCUCCAGAGUAUGCUUAGCGGGAUAUUUCAUAUAUGGCCUUGAAGAAGAGAGAAAUGAGUGGAAUGGACAGACACAAAGGUGUACGACGUUUGAAAGUGGUGCUGCAAAGAGAAAGACAUCUAAAGAACGUGCUGAGAGAGAGGCUAAAGAAUUUACAAAAACACGUCGACUGACUGAAUUCAUCACUCGUCCAUCAGCUUCAGAACAUCUAGUCAGUGCUUCUGCAAGCUCAUCUUCAAGGCAACCAGAACAAGUACCUGCAUGUGAUGCAUCAGCUUCCUCUUUAUAUGGCAGCUCUAGCCUAUCUACAGGGGGAAAUGACCAGACUGCCGAGGAGAUUGAAAUUGAAUCGAAGCAUGUGCCUCCUGAAGUGCAAAUGGCAACUACACAAAAUUAUGACAUUGACAUUAGCUUAUGGUCAGAACAUUUGACAAAACAAUUUAUUGAUUAUUGGGCUGCGAACGGUUCUGAGAGUCCACCAGUGAUGCUAAAUUUUUGGAUGCAAAAUCAGCAGUACAAAAAGAUGCAAACAAUGUCAGUUGCAAAUGCACACCAGCCAUGUUUGAGCGAAGGAAACGAAAUGGGGAAGUUGUAAAGCGUUCUUGGCUUUGUUUCUCCCCCGCAAAUGGGCGGGUCUACUGCUUCUUUUGCAAGCUAAUGGGUGUUUCAAGAUCUCCAUUCACAUGUGAUGGGUUCUGCGACUGGAAGCAUGCUAAUAGGCUUGUUGUCCAUGAGCAAUCAAAGGACCACAUUCAAGCAGUUUUGUCAGCAGCAAGUCGUGCAAAGGGAGCUGGAGGUUUAGAUUCUAAACUAACUACACAUGUGGGUCAAAUUGAGCAGUAUUGGUGUAGUCUUCUAAAGCGAUUGAUCAGCGUGCUUAAAUUUAUAUGUGAAAGAGGGCUAGCUCUUCGUGGAGAUGAUGAAAUAAUUGGAUCUCCUCAUAAUGGAAAUUACUUGGGAUUACUAGAGCUUUUGGCCGAGUAUGAUGAUUUCCUCAGGCAACACAUCCAGAAUCAUGCUAAUUGUGGCACUGGUCAUACAAAAUAUUUGUCUUCAACCAUCUGUGAAGAAAUUGUCAGACUAAUGGGCAAUGAAGUACUGAACGAAAUUAUCUCACGUAUAGAGCUCUCAAAAUAUUACUCAAUUUCUCGAGAUUCCACCCCUGAUGGCCAUAUUGAUGAACUGACUCUGAUAAUCAGGUACAUGGAGCAUGACACACCUGUUGAGAGAUUUGUGAAAUUCUUGCCGAAUCAAGGACACAAGGCUCAAGAAAUGUUUGAAGGUUUGAUGAAGUUUCUUGCAGACAAUGACAUUGACAUUCAAAAUUGUCGUGGCCAAUCUUAUGAUAAUGCAACAUCUAUGAGUGGGAGGUACAAUGGUCUGCAAGCCAAAGUUGUAGCUGAAAAUCAUCAUGCAAUUUGGAUACCCUGUGCUGGUCAUUAAUUAAACUUGGUUGGAAAAGCUGCAGCUGAAUGUUGUCAAGAAGCUAUCUCAUUUUUUUAUUUUCUUGAGGCAAUUUAUGUGUUCUUCACAGCUUCUACACAUCGUUAUGCAAUUCUUAGUGAUUUAUUGAAAACUGUAGCGUCUGGCCCGGUAUCUGUGCCAAAGAGGAUUUCCACAACAAGAUGGUCCUGUCGAGCAGUUGCAGUGACAGCAGUUGUCCAAGGUUAUCUCCCAAUCCGUGAAGCACUUGCUAAAAUAGCUAGAGAUGAAAAUGAGACGAGCAAAACAUGUUAUGAAGCCAAUGGUCUCCAUGAUAAGAUGUGCAAGUUAGAGACUGCUAUUUAUGCUGUGUUUUGGCAUGACAUUCUUGGCAGAGUUGAUGUAACAAGCCAUGCAUUGCAAGAUCCUAAACUCGAUUUGAACACAGCAGUAGCAAUGCUGAAGUCCUUGGAAUGCUUUGUACGAGAAAAAAGAGAUUGCUUCCAUGUUUAUGAGAAGAAGGGAAGGGAAAUGUCAGAAACUGGGGAUUAUUCACAGACACACAAGCGUCAACGUAAUGUACGACUCAAUCCAUUGGAUUAUGGACAAUCAGAAGAAGCAGCCCUCUCACAGUCAGAAAAAUUUCGGGUUCAGAAUUUCCUUCCAGCAAUUGAUCAGUUCCUGAGUUCACUGGAUCAACGGUUAAAGGCCUAUGAGGAAACCUGUUCACUUUUCGGGUUCUUGUCUAAACUGGAGUCAAUGCAUUGUGACGAAGUUGAAGCAGCUGCAGCAAAAUUGGUUGCGGAGUACAAAAAUGAUUUGUAUCAAACACUUGGAGUUGAACUUGUGCAGUUUACAGCGUUCUUCACUCAAUUUCUUGAAGACGAAGAUGAUGAGAAAGGGAGGGCACAUUACCUUUACAAGCUGUUGAUAGACAAGAAAGUUGUAGAUGCAUUUCCAAAUGUUGAAAUAAUGCUAUGUUGUACUUGGUGCUCAUGGUCACAAAUUGUUCUGGAGAACGUUCUUUCAGUAAAAUGAAGUUUAUUAAAAACAGACUUCGUACUGCAAUGUGUCAUGAUAGGCUCAGCCACCUGGCUUUGAUGAGUAUCGAAUAUGACAUCCUCAGAGAUUGACUUCGAAAAGUUGAUCAAAGACUUUGCAGCGGCCAGGUCACGUAAAGUGCCUGGGUCUGUAAAUAAAGUGUGAGGGAAGCGUGUGGUGCUAGUGUUGCCCAGACGUGGGCAGUUGGUCACCUAUUUGAAAUAGGUGUAGUACGUGAUGGAGAGUGUGGGGACGCCUUCCUCCGGGGGGUUGUCAGUGGUGGGCGGGACGGUUCUCAGCGUGUGUGAUGGCAUGACGUACACACAGCUGCUGGAUCAUGGCUAUGGCCUCACCCCCAUCACACCCAGCAACUCACAAGAAUCUCCCACCGUCACACCAGGACGUACACAGAGUGUGAAACGACGAUUGGUGCUGGAGGAAGGUGGUGUUGAUGGGGAAGGCUUCAGGACCCCGGUGAAAACUCCCAGACGGGCCAGACAGAAAUCAGUCUCAUCCACACACUACACUCCAUCGCCGUCCAAGGGGAAAACCCCAGCGAUUCCUCCAGCACCAUCUCCCGGUAAAACUUCACGUUAUGACACAUCUCUGGGACUUUUAACAAAGCGCUUUGUUGACCUGCUCCAGACAGCACCAGAUGGCACAGUUGAUCUUAAUAAGGCUUCAGAUAUGCUAGCAGUUCAGAAAAGAAGAAUAUAUGAUAUUACAAAUGUAUUGGAGGGCAUUGGUCUAGUCAAUAAGAAAUCCAAAAACAAUGUUCAGUGGCUAGCGUCAAGAGUCAGCAGCGAGGAUUUGGAGGGUGAGCUUGAAGAUCUAGAGUCAAAGGAGAAUGAGCUUGAUAACCUUAUAGAACAAGCAGAACGAGAUCUCCUACAGAUGAGUCAAGAUAAGAGGUUUGCCUACAUCACUUACCACGACCUACAUACCAUUCACUACUACAAAGACAAGACAGUUUUUGCUAUCAAAGCCCCACCAGGAACACAAUUACAAGUCCCAAUUCAAGAAACCACAUCCAAAGAGGAGGGUUGCAAAAUCCACUUAAAGAGUGAAAAUGGUCCAAUUGAGGUAUAUCUGUCAGAAUCUACUGUUGGUGAUAUCCCCAUCAAGCAGAGUCCUAUCAAACAGAGUCCCAUCAAACAGAGUCCCUUAAAAGCCAACACAGUCAGAACACAAUUUGCACAUACCUCUAGGACAAAAUUAAGACCUACACGGACAAGAGCUAAGCUACAAACCCGCAAACCUGUGUUAAGAACACCAAAGAAGGAACCAACUUCACCUGUCCUCACAACCAUUAAAACAGAACUACCUGAUCGAGAUGAUGACUCAGAUAGUGCAGAUCUAUUAGGUCCAUCGUCAAGUUUGGACUUGGUUGAUGACAGCCUCCGUAAGGCUCUCAUUCUUGGUUCAGAAGAUCUGGGACCUGUAGGGGGUAAACUCCAGUUACAAAUGGAAGACCAGAAUGAGGGUAAUUCAGAAGAUGUGAUGCUGAGCUGUUCAUCGGGUUCACCUCUACCGUUCCUCACACUAGAGCCGCCAAUAUCUGACACUGACUACACGUUCUCCCUGGAUCCCACAGAGGGCCUCAGUGAUUUCUUUGAUUUUAAUUUCUGACCAUGCAGUGUUUAGCCCAGGAUGUUUUUAGUAAAGGCUUGUGAGAUCUCGUUUAAGAAUAUUUUUUAUUUUUAUUUUUAUAUUAAUUUCUUUUGCUCCUAAGUAGGUAUCCCUGGUCAGAAGAAUGAUAAUUGUCUUGUAUGUAUACAUUUAUCUUGUACACCUAGGCAUCAAAAACAACCUGACAGAUUUGUUCGAAACUUGAAACAUAGGCAUUGGUAUCGUGCAGUGUACCCUAUGAUGAGAGAGGCUAAGCUCCCUCGUGGCAAUUUUAGUGUAUUCUUUACAUAAAAUUAAAACAACGAUGGCUAGGCUUCUUAGGUCAGGCACACAUCUUCAGACUUCAUAAGUUUACAUUUUCAUUUCUGCAAGAAGGUAUCUGUGCCAACCAAUUAAAAUUUUAAUUAGAAUAUGCAUGUCUUGGAUUUUUUACUCCAGAUUCUUAAUAUUUAACUGAAUGAUAAACUUGUUUAUCAAGUUUUGACAUUGGUUUAAGGACCUUUUACCAUAUUUUCUUGUGUAUUCUGAGAACAAUUGAAGAGAUUUUGGUUAAAAUAAUGCUAACCAUUCUAUGUUACCUCUGACCUUGCAUUAAAGGCCUCUAUGAAAUUGAUGGUAUCAUUUGGAAGUAAAUAACGGGAUACCACCUUGAUCGCUUGUCACGGAUUCCUUCCACAGCUUUACAGUCAUUCAAAUUAAUGUUUUCCUUAACUAGACUUAAUGUCCUAUGAACUUUUGAGUUAUAUCACACCUGAAAGAUAUAAUAAGAAAAUCUUCAAUAACAACCAUUUAUUAAUGUUGUACAGUUCAAAUUUAGUUUUAUUGGUGUCUAUUUGCAGGUAAUAGGUGCAAAUGAUUAUUUUUUUAUUUAAGUUGAGUUUGAAGUUUAAUUUUUUUCUUAAGUUGACCAUUCUCAUUUUCCGCUUAGAGAAUACUUUUACCAGUCUUGGGCUAUUGGUCAGACAGUAAUUUUAGCAUCUGAUUUCAUGUGAAUCUGCACUUCAUUGUGAAGGACUUAACGAGAUUUGACAAAGCUUUUUCCAUUCUUCUAUGGCAAGUUUUAUAGACCAAAGCUUGGUUUUAUGUAAUGCUAGAAUCCUUAUAUUUUUUCCAUUUGAUAUGGUUUGUAUAGUCUACGUGGAAACUAUUUCCAGGAAUGAAGAUAUUUAUAUGUAGUAAAGAGUUGACAGCUGGCAAAUGAUACCAGUGUAGAAUAUUUAUAUAGGGAAUUAUGUGUUUCAGGACACAUCUCAGUUUGGCAUUUUGUCUGAUUAUUAUAUUGUAUUUAGAAUGUGGUACAGAGACCUGGAAUGUGCCAGUAAAUUUUCAUGCGAGCUUUCUUCCAGCUGUAAGUUAGCAUCGGUGAAAGAUCCGAGAUGUUGCCAUGAGUCCAUGGUUCUUGGUCAGAUGCUUUGUUAUGCAUGUCAACUUCCUGCCCUGUGCCCUGGGCUACAUUCUUGUUUAUCAAUAAUGAAAGCGUAUUGUUUGAUGCAGUUCAUGUUGCAUUCCGCAUAGGUAACUUUGUCCCUGAAGCUACUGCUAUAAUCUUUUAUUUUAAAUGAUUAUAACGGUACUUAUUUUCCUAUGCACUGCAAGUGGUGUAUCAUAAUUUUUUGUGGUCCACAAGCAUGUGCUUUGAUUGCCCAUUGCAGUCUCUUGAUUGCUGAAUGCAGUCACUCUUCCAUCCUUCCAUUUUUUCCCAGUGGACUCAAAAUAAUGAAAUUAUACUCGCUUUAAACAAUAGAUAAUUUAUUUUUGUGCCAAGGGAGUUCAUGCUGUCAAAUUGACAGUUCUUGAGAAAUGAAUUUUUUAAUUUUAACAAUUCGUCCAAUAAGUGAUCAUAAAACAGGUUUCAACCGCUUUCGCCAGUUCAGAUGCCUUAUUACUUGACCUCAGCCUCGUCAACUGUAGCAUAUGUAGAUGUCACAUUUGAAGAUCAUGACUAGUCUACAGUUGUCAAUGGAUGAAUUCAAAUGGACCCUUACAGUAAGUAGGUCUUGAUAAUGUUGGAGAGUGUAUGUAGUAGUUGAACCAAUUGGUGAAAGUGGUUGUUCAACAUUUUGCAUUUAGUCACUGAAAAGGAAUUUUCUUUAUAAACCUUGUUAUUAUUAGGGCUAUGCCAAACAGACCAGCCUGAAGAUUAUUAUUCGAUAUUCGAAUACCUGUGAUCCCAGUGCCUGGUUUGUAUAGAGCCUGUUGUUGGUAAUUACAAUAAUUUUUGUUCAUAGUGUGGGCACAAAUUAUGUAUGAGCCAGCAGAGCUUGGGGUUUAAUGAGUUUCAAUUCCUGUAUAGUAUAUAUCAUACUAAGUAUACUUACCUGCUGAAGCUUUUAAAGACAAUUUUUGUGCAUGUUUGCCAAUGAACUUGUUUUGCACCCAAUUUCACUGCCAAGCAAAACGUGACCUCAAAAUCACGUAGAAGUAGAGCUCUCUCCGCGCCUGACCCAAUGAACCUGAAUGUUGAUGCACCAAUUGAGGCAGUGCCAGUGAUGGUCUGAAAAAGAAAAUUACAAUUAUAGUUAGUUAAUUUUUGUAAUGUUUAGUAGAGAAUGCAAAGUUCAAUUAUCUAUUUUUUUUUUUUAAUUUUUAAAAAUUUAAAUUUUUAUUUUUAAGUUGAACAUUAGUUUCUGUGAUGAGUAUGUAUCGGUGAUUAGCCGUACAGAUUAAUUUAUAGCUUUUAUUCAAAGUCCUAGUUUGUUAGAAAUUAAAAUUUCAAGAUGUAAAGGGAGAGGUUUACUUUCUCUGUCAAAGUACAAGGGUGCCCAGACAAGAUCAUCUUCAUACAGUUAACUUCAGGACCAGAAGUUUAUGCCUAACAUCUUUGUCUGGGACUCUUGUACUACAGGUACAAGAUAGUAUUGGCACAGGGAAAUAAAUCUUAUAAUCUUUUAAUGGUAAUUUUUUUAAGGCUUGUAAUCACUGGUAAUGGUAACCAAAUAUUGGCGCUCCAUUUUCAUACAAGUUGGAUUGCUCAUGCCUGAGGUAACAUCAUGAAGAUGUUUGUGGAGUUCAUUUUUUGUAAAUUCAUGGUUUUUAAGUACAAAUUAUAUUCAUUCACCGACACGGCUGUGAGGAGGACCACCCAAUGUGGUGGUUGGUUGUUUUGAAAAGAGAAUUAUGAUUGCUGCCUUUUACCAAAUAUGAUUUGGGUGUAAUGUUUGUGCUGUAAAACAGAUUUCCACAAUCCUAGACUUUUCACAGCGGUGUCUGAUGACACAUUUGUUAUAAAGAUGGAAAUAAAAGAGAUAUAUGGAUAAA